CAUCCGUCUUCUGUGAGCAGUCUGCGAACCCCACAUUGACAAAACCACGACGUAGCGCACGCACGCACGCACCGACAUUUGGGCAGCAUCACCAGACGAGAAAGAACGCACCUCCCCUACCAUCUUGCUUCACCAGCUGCUCCCAUAUCGACACGUAGGCUACCUAUCCAUCGAACGUCUCCCCAGACCACCCACGGACCAUCUUAUCGAAACGGCCGCACCUUAUCUGCUGCUGUAGUAUUUCAUCCAGACCCCUGCUCACCAGCCUGCUCAAUUUGACUGCCCCUCGCUUCGCCCUCGUGAGUCGGCAUGUCCUCUCAAUAAACCUCGCGGUCGAUACGAUAAUGCCGGAUGCUGCGGGACAUAGGCUGCCAGACAAAUAGGUAGCGAUCACCAUCACUCCCGUCCAACUGCCGGGCCUCUUGUCAACAAGGGCAUCGCCGCGACCGACAAUGGAAGCUCAGAUCGAGAACGCCGUGGGGAUCCUCGGUAAUCCCUACUCCGACCAGUCGCUGAAACAACAAGCCCACGACUACCUGCACCAGCUGCGAGCCGACCCCUCUGCCUGGCAGACCUGUAUCAAUCUCUUUGUGCGAAAUGCCGGGAGCGACGAGGUGCUGCGGCUUUUCUGUCUAGAAGCCGUCAACUACGCGGUCCACACACAGAGCCUCGACCAGGCAAGCCUGACCUACCUCAAGGACCUGCUCCUGGACUACGUGCGACAAGUAUAUGGCCCAGAGCCUCAGCGAGCACCCGACCCUCCGUCGCUCCAGAACAAGGUGGCACAGACCCUGACAUAUCUCUUUGUCUUCCUCUACCAAAACGGCUGGCAGAGCUUUCUUGACGAUUUCUUGGAUAUCUCGGGCUUGCCCAGCAACAAGGACAAUGUGAACGGCGUCAUCUUCUACCUUCGCAUCCUCAGCUCGAUCCAUGACGAGAUUGCCGACAUGCUUUUGGCACGGCAGAAUGGCGAGGCCAAGCGCAAUACGGAACUGAAGGACCAGCUGCGCGCGCAGGAUGUCUACAAAGUAGCAGAUUCUUGGAAGCAGCUCCUUGUCAAAUAUAACAACAACGACGCUGUUGUCGAACUGGUCCUAAAGGUCAUCGCCAAGUGGGUCAGCUGGAUGGAUAUUUCUCUGGUCGUCAGCCAGGACAUGCUCAGCUUGCUGAUUCCUCUCGUUGGUCGGCCGAGCCAAGGCAGCGGUGAGGACAAGGUUCGGGACUCAGCCAUUGAGACCCUCACCCAAAUUGUUGGAAAGAAGAUGCGGCCACAGGACAAGGUGGAAAUGAUUUCUUUCCUCAACUUGCGGGAGAUUGUCAGUCAGCUUAUCGCCAGUCCGGCCCUGGGCGAGUACAAGGGCACCUCCAACUAUGACACGGACCUUGGUGAAGCUGUGGCUAGCUUGGUGAACGUUGUCAUCGCAGAUAUCGUCCGGGCCCUCGAAGACAGCUCAAUUACCAGCGACACAAGAAACGCUGCCAACCAGCACCUGAACGCCUUCUUGCCAUUCCUACUCCGCUUCUUCACCGACGACUACGACGAGAUAUGCUCCAGCGUGAUUCCCGCGCUCACUGAUCUUCUGACCUUCUUGCGCAAGCUUGGGCAGCUCCCGCAAGAAUACUCGCAAAUGCUGUCGCCAAUCCUGGACGCCAUCAUCCGGAAAAUGCGCUACGAUGAGGACGCAAACUGGGGGAACGAGGACGAGCAGACCGACGAGGCCGAGUUCCAAGAAUUGCGUCGCAAGCUGCAAAAUCUCCAAAAGACAAUUGCGGCUAUAGACCAGUCAUUGUACAUGGAGACGCUCAGCAACCUCAUGUCCACGACAUUCCAGACUCUGGAGCAGCAAGGCUCCCAGAUGGACUGGCGAGACCUCGAUCUUGCUCUGUACGAGAUGUACGUCUUUGGCGAGCUGGCGCUGCCGAACCACGGCCUGCACACCAAGAACCAGCCCUCGGGCGAGGCUUCGGAACGCCUGGUGGUGAUGAUCAGGAAGAUGGUUGAAUCAGGCGUGGCAAACUUGGAGCAUCCUGCCAUUCUCCUCCAGUACAUGGAGAUUUGCGUGCGCUACUGUGUCGUCUUCGAAAACCACCAGGACUACAUCCCUGCCGUGCUAGAAAGCUUUGUACGCUUGGUGCAUCACGAUCACGUCCGUAUCAAGACACGGUCGUGGUAUCUGUUCCACCGCUUCAUCAAGCAUCUCCGUGCCCAGGUCGGCACCGUCGCCGAGACCGUCAUCCAGUCCAUCGGCGACCUCCUGCCCAUCAAGGCCGAGGUCCCAGGCGAGGAUGCCGACGACGACAUGUCCUCGGACGAGUCUGACCACUCUGCGGACGCACUCUUCACCAGCCAGCUCUACCUUUUCGAAGCCAUUGGCUGCAUGGCCUCCACUUCCGGCACGCCCGCCGAGAAGCAAGCCAUGUACGCACGAUCGGUGAUAGACCCCUUGUUCAGCGACAUGGAGGUGCACCUGCCCCGCGCAAAGGCAGGCGAUGCGCAGGCAACUCUCCAGAUCCACCACAUCAUCAUGGCUCUUGGCGUUCUUGCGCACGGCUUCUCGGACUGGACGCCUGGCUCAACCGCCUCCUCCCAACAGCACGCUCGUCCGGACGAGGCCGUCUCAGCAGAGUUCAGUCGCGCGGCCGAAGCUAUUCUGUACGCACUCAAAGAACUGAGCUCUUCGUCAGACAUCAGGCUCGCCUGUCGAUCAGCCUUCUCACGACUUUUGGGUGUCCUCGGCUCAGCGGUGCUUCCCCAACUACCACAGUGGAUCGAAGGUCUCCUGUCGCAGAACUCGUCCAAGGAUGAGAUUGCCAUGUUUCUCCGGCUGCUGGACCAAAUCGUCUUUGGCUUCAAGUCGGAGAUCUUUGACGUGCUCAACAUGCUUCUGACGCCACUGCUGGAAAGGAUCUUUACGGGCCUGUCCGAGCCCCCCGUUGGCACCGACGACGAGGUCCAGCAGGGCGAGCUCAGGAGGGAGUACCUGUCCUUCAUUCAGAUCAUCCUCAACAACAACCUCGAUGGCGUCCUCAUCAGCGAAGCCAACCAAGGCUCGUUUGAAAAGGUUGUCGCGACCAUCAUCGACAUUGCCCGUGACCUCGAAGCCCAUCUCGGCCCCAGCCGUCUCGCCUUUACAGUCAUGACCCGCAUCUCUGCCGUAUGGGGCGGCCCAGACGUGGCGACGAUUGCCCAGAACCCGACCGCGCCCACAGGCCCUCCCACGCCUGCGAUUCCCGGAUUCGAUCACUUUAUGAUCAGUCGGUUCCACGCCAUCUGCUGGGACGUUCUCCGGAACCCGAACCUCAAGACUCGUGAUGCGCAGUCGAAGCAGCUCGUCGUCGAGAUUGCCGGCCUCGAGCAGAUGAUCUACACCAAGACGGGCGACGUCUUUAUCCAGCAGCUGCAGAACGAGCUCUUCCCAAGCAUCGGCGUCAACGGCGAUGAUUUUCUGCGCGCUCUGACCACCAACACGGACAAGAAGGGGUUCUCCAACUAUCUCCUCGAGCUUCUCAAGAGCUGGCAGCAGUAGAACGGGAAAGGGUGGGGAUGUUAUGGCACUGUUUGACGACAUGAAGAGACAGCGGGGGUGGAAAAGAGGCUUUCGUAACCCGAGGGUUGUCUCGCGUUGGGAUAUACAUUGGUUCCCUUUGCACAGAAGAACAAAAAAAGCGCUUAUCAUACAUAUUUAUCGUGUCUUGGAGUUGGACAGGAAAUCGGCAGCGAUUUGAAACCGGGGAGGGAGGUUGAUUGAUGAUGGAUUUGAUUCCCAUAGAGCAGCAAAACCCCAAUAAAGAACCCAACGCUUCUACGUUUGUUGGAUUAGUAGUAUAACACACACAAAACUUCUCGCAUGC